CGCACAGUGACUGCUCCAGGCCGAUAUUAUGUCUCCGCUUUUCACGUUCGCUUUGCUCUCGUUUUUGGUAGUUCUCGGGGAAACUGUGAUCCAAAAUGUUGGCGGGUUUCAAAAUGGUACGGCUGUGUACAAAUUUAACAACGGCAGUAAGUUCGAACCGGGCGAAUUGGAUAAUUGUACAGGGAGUACGUCGUCGGAAGCGCAGCCGAGAAGAUCCUCGACCCCGGCGGGCAAGGCGAUACCCGUCGUUUUUGGACCCCUGCCCAAAGGACGGGAUUAUGCGACAGCCGCCCCCCGAGAUACAACAGCCGUCAACCCUUACCAAUACAUUAAAGGGAUUCUCAACUUUAUCCACCCUUAUCCAUUUCAACCAGACUUGUUCCGCGACAUGAUGCGAGGCAAUAUCUCAUCCCCUGCCACGGUGCUCAAGGUUCUCGAGAUGGAGAUGGGCUAUAUUUUCCUAUUCCUUUUGUCGCUUUUCCUCUCGCUCGCCGUGCCUGGGAUGGUGCUGAGUCUGUGCUCCGCGGACCCGACGCCCCCGCCGAGCUGCGCACCGGAUUGUAAACGGCGAACGCUGGUUUUCUGCUUGCAGCUCCUUCUCAGCUUGCUGUUGCUCGGGAGCUUAGCCAUGCUUUGGACGAACGAAGAGUGUUCGCGUGGCAUCGCUAGUGGGCCGCAAUUUUCGUCCGAUUUGCUGAGAGACGCAAAGCAGUUCUUCGAGGAAAGCACGCAUCAGCUGCAGCACCUGCUGACCGACAGCUUCGAGCAGGCCGUCGCUCCUAUCAGCCACGAUCUGAACGACGCUGAGAACCUCCUGGGGCGACCUAUGCAGGUCGAGCUCAUCCUCGAAACAGGACUCGACACAGCCCUGGACUCCUUGGUGGAAAUCGCAGCAGGUGGGAAAGAAGUGUGUUCCCAGUUGGCCAGCAUCCUCAGGAGCACCGUCGAAACGGAACAGCUCAUCGUCUUCUUGGAGAGCAAACUUCACGAAUUGCGAGAGCAGAUUCAGGUCGUGAAGAGACGUUGCCAGCCGACAGACAGACCGCUCUGCGACUUAAUCCCUGACCAACUCAUAGAUGUCAAAUUCACGACUAAAAUGAUAACAAACAAUUCGAGGUUGGUUUAUCUAAAGCAGAGCAAGAUCGACACUCUUUCGUCCUCGGUCCUCGAAGCGAACGCCAUUUUCACAGGAUUGCCGACGAAAAUCGAAAAAGAGACGAAAUCAACGAGAAUGGCCGUCAUAAAUGAAGUUAUGAAGAAGAAGGCAGAUUUGAUGUCUGCGGCUUCUUCUCUGGAUGUGAUAAAAACGAGGACGAACAUCGCGUUGUACGAUCUGAAAGCGACCUCGAUGCCAAAACUGGACCAACUGUUGCAAUUUGAAUACUGGCGUUGGCUCGUCGGUUUAGUUUCAGGAUUGCUUAUUCUCUACAUCUGGGCUUUGAUGACAGGAGCGACCUGCUGUGGCUGUUGUGGAGCAGAAAAUAACUCCUCGCCCACAUUGAUCAUAACGCUGAUUCUCACAGCGAUAGUGUCGGUCUGUCUGUGGAUGUUCUCCUCGAUGACGGUGUACAUCGGCGGUCACGGUGAGUCGUGCGUCUGCCGGACCAUGCGGGAGGAAAACUUCGACGACCUCAGUAAAUUCGUCGACACGAUCAUGAGCACGGACGUGGAUGAAGAGUCUUAUCUCUCCUACGUUAUACACAGAAACGGCAGUCUGCCUCUUCCCAUCGGCAACAUUUUAAGCGAAUGCAAGAAAAACGUAUCGUCUUACUCGGCGUUCAACCUGAAAACCAUGCUCGACAUCGAAGAAUUGGUGAACCUGACCAAAUGGCACUUCGUGUACAAAGGGCUCGAAGAAAUAAAGAUCGACUUGGCUAAUAUGCACUUCUUCGACCCGAAAAUGAUCUUCAGGUUAGUCGACCUGCAGCAAGGCCUCUUGGUAAACCUGACAACGUUUCGCACAAAGAUGAUGGGACCUAUAAGCACAGAUUUGGAUUCGGUCGUCACUCAACUACAGGGUGUUGCAAAGCAAACCAACGAUCGUAUAACAUCGAACCAGUUAAAAUCCCUGGCUGUUAAAAGCAAGAAUCUCAUAUCACCGAUAUUAGGCGAAUUGGAAAACCACAAAGAAAAUAUGGUGUUCCAUUUAACAGCUCUGGAGCUUAAAGUAAAUCCACUACUGCAACAAGUUAAUCACUCUCUAUCACAUACUAAGGCCGUUCAAUAUUACAUUGCAAAUCAUGGGUCAUCAAUAGCACAACAUAACAUAAAAACGUUUACAGCCAGGAUUGAAAACUAUUUGGAACAGUACCAAAAAUUUGUGCUGAAUAUAAUACGAGGUAAUAAAACGUCUUGCUACAAAUUUUGGGAGAUUUUUGAAUCCUUAAGGGCCCACGUUUGCCGAAGGACGAUCGAUCCUUUGAAUGGUUUUUGGUUCUCAACAGUUUGGUGCCUGUUGAUCCUUAUUUUCAUCACGCCUAUAUGCCUGAAGCUGAUCGAGUACUACAACCAGAACUCUGACCUGAACCCAGCAUUAAAUCGAACGAGCAGUGAAGGAGACUGGGCCAACACCAGCCUGCCAGAAGAAAACUGGUGAUGUGCUUUAUGAACCAGCGCCUAUAGCAGUGAGAAAUCGACGACGGAUCUUACUCAAAAACAAGAUGAAAGGAGUGUAUUCAUUGUUUCUUUUCUAUAUGUCAUGGCAGCAGCUGAAAUGCAUAUCGACAAAGUUAUCAUGCCAUUUUUGCACAGCGGUGAUAUUUCACCAACAAGUUUUUUCAUUAAACACAUGAAUAAAUCUUUAAUUUUAAUCUUGUUUUACAUUAAACCUUUUAGAAGUCAAACCGUGUUUUUUUUAUAAAUUAAACCAGACAUAUGUGGUGAUGUAUGACAUGAGGAUAUGCAUGUGUGAAAACAAUUUAUAAAUAAGGUUAUUGAAUAACUUAAAACUUAAGAAGUACUAACAAAACAUUUCAUACUAGUAGAUAUACUCAACUGAAGAACACCAUUGACACUAGAGGAUAUAAUUAAAUUAAAUUCCUUUAAAAGAUAAAAAUUCACCUCUUGGAAAAAUCCAAAUUAGUUUGCCAUUCGUGAAGAAUAAAAUAUUGAAAGGUUAAAUUCUAAAAACAGAAUAUAUUUUUAAACAAACAAAUCAUUGUAGUUAAAUAUGAUGUGGAUACAAAAUGUUUUAACACUUUUAUUAAAAUUAUAAACUACAAGGUUUCAUUAAUCAAAUAUUGAUAACAAGGAAAUUGCAAUUUUUGAUGAACAAUAAUUUUUGGUUCAUUUUUUUUUUUUUUCAAUUGUUUUGUAUUUUUAUUAAUUUAUUAUUAUUUGAGGCAAGCGCUAUCACACAAAUUAAAUACAAGAAAUAUAGCUUUUUUUUAAUAUUUUGUCAUUUAAAUAGUUUAAUUUUGUCAAUAUAAUAAAUAUAACAAACGGUACAUUUUUAAAGAAUUAGUUGGCAUUUUGGAACUUUUUGUUUCAUUAUAAAUAAUAAGUGCACCUACUGGAACGAAAUGUAUUAUUGUUCAUAGAAAACUUGACUUGUCAAUCGUCAUUAACAUAGUCUCUACUUUCAUCUCUAAACUGUAGUUUCACUAAAUAUAUUACUUUAUACUUUUUUCUUUAUGUACAAGUGUUUUCUAUAAAAUGCCUAUACAGCUUUCAGAUCACACAUGUAUACAUUGUAAACAGCUGAUAUAAGGAUUUGUUUUUUUAUAUUAAGGCUUUUAAAAAGAAAACAAAAACGAACUAGGUGGCACAACAACACCUUUGGGCUUUAGUACAUUAUUUGGUUACCUCUCUUAUUAUAAAUAUUCAAUUAUGCAGUCAAUCAUUAGCAAGGAAUUAAUAAAUUUUAUAAAUACUUUGGCUAUAAUUUAAAAAGAGCGCACAUUUAGCAAAAUACUAACAGUCAAAAGUGAAUCACAGAUUACAAGGGGUUUUAUCUGAGAAAAUCAAUCUACCUAAAAAACCAACCGUUUCCCUACAAUAAUCCGGUGAAAUAUUACACAAGACAUAAAAUGUAGAACAACAUUACAAUUAUUACCAUCGAAUACAGGCUUUAUUUUGCAAUUAAAACUAAAAUUAUCUACAUACGUUUCGAAAGGUUAUCACAUCACAAGAAAAUAAAUAAAUUCGGGGUCCAAAGCUUCUAUUGAUCCGUGCGGUGCAUCGGGUAAAAGGGGGGUAGAGAACCGUUUCUGUAUCUUGAUGCAGACCAAAAAGCGUAAAUUGUGUCACCUUUACAAUUAUUAUUACACAGUGCUUAUAAACACAUUCACAGUUGUUAUAAGGCAACAAUUCUAGUUAACGGUUUAUUUCUUUUCUGCUAUUAAAUCUCAAAAUUGUUUUAAGGCAUCUUGAUAUCUGAGAAGCUCCAGCUUGUGACAACAUUGAAAAAAAGAUUUUGGUAUGCAUACGGCCUUAAUUUUCUUGCCGUUAUUACAAAUCAAAUACAACUACAUUUUUAUAUACAAGAGCUAGUAAAAUAUAAACUACAAUUGCCAUUAAUUGUGGUACAUUCUAAACAAUACUUUUGUGGUUAUUGGCUUGUCAAGACCUGAACAAUUACAAGUAAGGCAAAAAUCCCCAACCCCCUUUUUGUUCAGUUUACCGUUCUUUCUGUGGAUUUUACAAAUAUCAACUCACAAGAAAUAUUAGAUUAUUAUUAUACAAAGUGUCUUCUUCUACAAUCUUCUAUUAAAACAAAAAACACUUUAAUACAAGAUGUGCAACUUUUUUCUACAUUUCAGAAUAUUACAGCACAGAAUUUUAUUCUUUAACAAUUGUAGUAAAUGGAGAAAAUAUGUCUAGACAGACUUGUUCUGAAUUUAUUUUAUUUUCAAAAUAGGUAAAACAAUUACACAGAGGUUACAAUGUUACACAUAGAUUUUCUUUGUCUAAAAUGUAGUUUGUCGAGUUCUUUUUAUUAAUUUUUUUUUACAUUCACCCUAAACAUUUUUAUAACAAGCUUUGGAAAGUGAACUGGUCUAAAACAUGCCAAGAAAAUAUUACAUAUACCAAAAUAUGAUAAUCUGGCCCAACAAUAUGCUCAAGGGCUAUUACAAUAAUAGUUUGAAAAAGAGACGUAAAUUUUAAAAGAAGCGCAUCAACCAUGGGAUUGUCUUGAAAGCGAAAAAGAAAGACGGUCAUGCCACUAUGGGAAAAGCGGAAGACUUGAAACAAUUAGAUUACUUAUUGCUGAAGUUGAAGGCACAUUUAUUAUAUUGAAGAUCUAACUGCUUCCUUUGCGUUACACAAGCAACACAAAAACAAAGCAAAAAGCUCCAUUUAAAUUGGCACAAAGACUUUUUUUUAAUUAACACAAACAACGCACAACACUGAAUUCUCCCAAACAAUUUUUAAAAACCAACAAAAUAAAAACUGAAUCGUUAAAAAGUUGCACAAAUAUGUAUUAAAGCAUAUCCAUAUGAUUUUAUAAAUAUGGUGGUAAAAAUUCGAAAAAUCUGAUAUGAUUUAACACCUAACAAGUAAUGGCGAUGAGGUAAUUGUUAUAUUUUUAUAAACUAAUUUAGUCGGUCCAUAUAAAUGCCAAGGGUCCAUUACAUAUUUAAAUAUACAUUAUAAUCUCUUUAAAUCACACUUACAGGCUUAGUGCUGAGAGGUGACUUUAAUUACAUAUAUACUUUUUUGUAUUUUUCCUUCAAAUAUGUUUUAAAUAUAGAAUUACUUUUUAUAUUAUUAUUAUUAUUAUUAAUAUUAUUAUUCAUUAUUAUUAAUUAUCAGUCUACUAAGCAGUACCUAAUUUACACCAAUUACAUGAGUUGUUUAAAAAAUAAAAAUAAAAGAUAUUUAAAAAUAUACCAAUAAAAAGAAAAUUCUAAAAUAGUUUCACAUUAACAAAAUUACGAAUUAACAAAAUUCCAAUAAUAGUCAUUAAGACCGUUAGAAAACAAAA